CUACUACAGCUUCCGUAGUGGAUAUGGUACUCUUGGCGGGUAGAUGAGAAUGUCAACAUUGGGAGCACAAAAAAUGGAGGAAGUCGCUAACUGCAGGUCCAACGAGCCCAGUUUAACAGAUUCUGGUCAAACAAGUGAAAAUGCGAGUUCAAAUGGGUCGGUACAGACCGGUGUUCCUGAAAAUAGCUCGGUUAAAUCGGCUAAAUGUGAGCCUCGCCGGAGCAGACUGAAAGUCUUUAACAAAGUUCUGGAGAAAAGCCUUCAGCGGCUUAUAGCAGAUGCUAGUUUCAACAGGUUCGCCCACUCUUUCCAUCCACUGUGCAAGCAGAAUCCACAGAUGGCCGAGGUCAUCCACAAGCAGUUCAUAAGCGAUCUGCAGAAAGCCAUCCAGGAGGACAUAAACAGAGUGAUAGAGGAAGGGGACCUGCAGGUGAAACUGGAGGAGUUGGACAGACUAGAAGAGCAGGCUAAAGACACACCAGGGCCUGCAUGGCGACCCAGUGGCAUUCCUGAGCAGGAUGUGUGCAGUGUGUUGAUUCCGUAUCACCAGGGGCAGGAGGAGUAUGUGCGCAGAGAGCUGAGAAAGCUCCAGAAGGAGAACGCAGCUCUGGCUCAGAGAGUACAGUCUGGCCGAGACACUAUCGCGCACACAGAACAGCGCAUAGCAGCAGCAGUGGAUGAGUGGAAGGCAUCUGUUGCUGAUUUGGAAUCGUUCGUCUCGUCACUUUGUCCAUCUGAAAAUUUUGAGUCUAUUUGAGUUCCUGUGGACCAAAUCAAUGUUCAUAGUUAAAACUAUUUUAGUUAUUUUUAACCUAACUUGUAUUGUUUUAUUCUGCCAAGUGUGUUCUAUUAAAUCUAUUUCUUGUUGUA